AUGCAUCUGUCUACUCUUAGUGACACCGUGCUAGCCUGCCUUACAGUGGUGGGUACUGUGGUGUGUGUUGUGGAUUUGGUGUUGUUGAGGCGUGGCGGUGGCUCUGGCGAUGGUGUUGUGGUUAUUGUGGUGAUGAUGUGGUUGAUGCGGCCUUUGUGCUCUCUCAAACCCUUCCGAAAGCUGCCGGAUUUUUUCGUCUUCAGCGACCCGAGUACUUCGCUUGGCUUGUCCGUUCAGUUUCCAAGUGCCGUUGCUGAGAUGGGUCGUGUGCGUACUAAGACGGUGAAGAAGUCCUCCCGACAGGUGAUCGAGAGAUAUUACUCUAAAAUGACUUUGGAUUUCCACACGAACAAAAAGGUCUUGGAGGAAGUUGCCAUUAUUCCUUCCAAGCGUCUGAGGAACAAGAUUGCUGGCUUCUCUACCCACCUGAUGAAGCGGAUACAGAAGGGUCCUGUUCGUGGCAUCUCACUCAAACUGCAGGAGGAGGAACGUGAGAGGCGCAUGGACUUUGUGCCCGAUGAGUCUGCCAUUAAGACUGAUGUCAUCGAAGUUGACCAGGAGACUCAUGACAUGCUUACUGCCCUUGGCAUGGCUGACCUUCCUGGAGUUAUUAAGCAGACUAUUGAACCACAGACACUGCCUACUGCCCCUGCUUAUGGCCGAGGUGGUGCUGGUGGUUCUGGAAGGAGGUACUGA